UGUAAGCUGUAAAAUGAUUUAGAUUAAUGGAGGUACUGCGGAAGAACGCAUUAUCCGAGCAGUGCUCCUUCGAUAUCCAAGAGAUUAAGGAAAUACCCACGAAGAGCGAUUCGUCGAUUGGCGAGGACCAAAACGAGGAUAUCACUAAGAGAUACGUUUCCUGUUACGAUUUGAUUGCGAGCUCGGCGCUGAUGGAUCAGGACAAAGAGUAUCCUAGAAAUGCGAAGACGAUCGUGCUGGAGCAGAAUCAAGCGAGCGAUCGCGGCAGGGUUAACAAUGUAAGUCGCCGUGUGAUCGAGUUAAGCGACAAUGACUCCAAGAUGAUCCUUCGGCGGCAAUUUGGGGAGAUGACAGAAUGCAAGAAUUCGAAUAUGCAAAGCGGCACAGGGAGUUGUGAAAAUAUGGAAAUUCUGCAAAAGCUACCGCCGGACACAAUCGUGAUACGACAAAAGGCGAAGUCGGAGAUGGAGGACAGCGACUACAGGGAGUCGAAUAGUAACAGUGGCAGCUCGACUUCCGGCUGUGCGGAUGUUAAAACGAAGGGGAUUUCACGAGCUUUCAGAAACAAAACUCUGAAAACGAUGGAGGUGAGACGAAAUCCCAUGCGAGUGUCCAAAAGAAAUAUGGCUGCGAAUUUCUCACGACCUAAGCAACGACUGUUGGCCAACAGCAAGAAAGAGUUUUAUUCAGAUUACGAGGUCGGGAAACGCGUAAGAUCGUCCACAAUGCCGUACAUGAACACUAGAUCUGUUACUCGAAAGAUGUACACCGUAGGUGCUACUUACCAGGCGCCUACCAAAAAAGAUGAGACGGAAUGGAAGGAGUGGCCCGUGCAUGGAAUGCACGAGAGACCGGUCUAUCAUCCUCAAGCUGGUUUAGCAGUGGAAUAUUUAGGAAGAUACUUUACUAGUCUUGAUGGGUUAUCUUAUUGCGAGAUUAUCAAUGAGCCUAAUAUAGAAGUGGUUUCUGUCGAUCCGCAUUGCGAUGGACGGGUCUCUUCGGCCGAAAGGAAGGGGUCAAGGGGUAAGACAAGAAUGAAAAGCAAACUUCCGCCGAACACUAAAGUUGCGUGGAAUAGUUAUCUCUCCGCGGACAACAAAUCCUUUGAGACCUGCAUGCAUGAAAGCCUUCAUUGCGUGUUCGGUUAUUGUUCGCAAGUUAUGACGCCAGUUUACAAGAAAACUGUGGAAGGAAAGAUGACAAAGCUGACCUCUGCGGCCAAGACGAGCUCUUUAGAAUCGGCGAAGGAGCCAACAGACCUCAAAAGUAACGUCACAAUUUCUUCAAAGAAUGUCACUAAGCUUGCAGAAGAGACAAAAUUAUUGGAGGCUUAUGCUAUCGCCAUGGCACAAAGCAUUCAAAAUAAAAGCACCGCCAAUAGCACGAAUGAUCAAAAAGCCACCUCGACUGUCUCGUCAUCUUCGGCAACGUAUUUACCAGAAGCGCAGAAAUCGACCGCGGAGCUCAGCAGCUCGAAGACUGCUUCGCAGAAUGGAGGAGCCAUCAGGAUGAAUUUGAAACAGAUUAUUCGAGGCGCUCCAAACAGCUCUCUAAUCUUGUUAAGGAGUUCGGCCGCGAGAUCUACGAGCGUAGCAACCGCAAAGAAUGUAUUUAACUCGGCCAAGGUGGAAGAUGCGUCCAACGACGAGACGCUAAUGGGAAUGUCGUCGAUCUACAAGAAGCUGAUGUUUACGAAAGAACCGGUUUCGAAAUGCGAAAAAUCGCCAGUGAGUAACAACGUGCACAGCUUGAAGAGGUACGCCAUGAAUACACCAGAGCACACGACGAAGAAGACCUUUCUCGAGGAUCAGUUGGACAACAAAAAGACUGUCCAGGUCAUGAAAGAGGCACGCGAAAACAAAAGUCUUGAUCGCAAAAUGAAAAUUCAUAGAGAUUCAGAAGGCAGAAUAUCUAUGACGAGUUCCAGCAAGAACGUCGCGUGGGGCACCAACAAAACUUCGGAGAUUGCUAGAAUCUUAUCGGAAUACAACAAAGGCACGUUGAGGAAGUCCACGGCACAGAAUCAAAUUUAUAGCUCGAGAGAUACGAAGACAAGCUUGACGAAUCCGAACGUCAAAAAUUUACCGAAAAACCUCUGGCAGAAGAGUGCGAGGAUUGACGAAAAUCAACAAUUCGUGUCUAAUUCAAAUAUGAGCUUUGAGCUCCCGCAGGGAAAGUGGAAAAGGCUUCAUCUAAUGCUGGAAAAGACCAAGGACGGUCCGAUUACCGGUGGCAAUCAAAACCCACGGAAGAGCUCGUCGACAGUAGAAAAUCAUAAAGUUUCAUUGAGAGAUCAACAAGUGCACUUAGGCACGUCGAAUUAUAUAAGAAAGAAUUCUAUCGAUUCUCGCAAGGAUCUGAACGAACAUGAAAUUAUCAUGGUUGAUGUAAAGCCGAAGGAAAAGAAUUCGGAAUAUUCUAAAGAUGAAACCUCGGAGGAGACCUCGAAGAUAGGGUCACUGCAAGAGCUUUUGGAGAACACUGCAAUCUUAUACUGCGCUGCCAAUGGAGUUCAUCAAGACGAUCUGUCAAAUUAUAUCGACACACUCGACAGCAAGCAAAGUAUUCAAUGGCUAGAGAGUUGCAAUAAUUCUGUCAUAUAGAAAACUAAAGAUGAAACAGUAUUUUGUUUAUU